AUGCGUAGAGGUCGCAAAAAUCGACUUUCAAUUGUAACAAAAAUGAAUCUACCUAAAAAAUCCAAAGAAUUAACUUCAAGAGAAACUUUUAAAAAAAUCAUCAAAUCUUCUAGAUCUAAUAUAUUUUUACUUCUCGUACCUGUAGGUUUUUUAGUAAAUUACCUUAACACAAAUGUCAUAGUAAUUUUUGUAAUGAACUUUUUAGCAAUUAUACCAUCAGCUAAAUUGCUAAAGUUUGCGGCUAUAGAAUUUUCGCACCACUUCGGUGAGACUAUAGCAAGCCUAUUGUAUAUAUCAUUUUAUAAUGUGGUAGAAUUAAUAGUGACCAUAAUUGCGUUAGUGAAUGGUGAAAUUCGUGUUGUCCAAGCAGCAGUUCUAGGGUCUAUAUUCUCUCAUCUUUUACUUGUAUUAGGAUCAUGUUUUUUGGUUGGAGGAAUCGAAUAUCUUAUUAAGGAAAAGAAGCUUGAACAAGAGUUUGAUUCAACUGCCGCACAAAUGAGUUCUAGUGUGAUGACAUUAGCGUGCAUUUCUCUAGUUAUACCUGCCGCAUUCAGUCUUCUUAUCAAUGGAAAUUUGUCCAAUGUUCCCGUCGAUAGAGUUGAUAAUAGAAUCUUGUAUAUGAGUUAUGGAACUUCAAUAGUGUUAUUGAUUAUAUAUGGACUUUAUUUAUGGUUUAAGCAUGAAAUUGAAGAAAUUGAAAGCGAAGAAAUUGGAGAACAAAUAUCAGAAAAUAGCAUAGAACAAAAUUCUGAAAACGAAGAAAACCGAGUACAAAGUCUUGAAAAUGAAGAAAGCGGAGUACGAAAAAGUGAAGAACUAAGAAAUGAACACAAAAAGAAAAAGCCCAUAAGCAUUUUAGCGUCAUUAUCUUUGCUAAUUAUAAUGACUGCGAUUAUUGGUUUUUUGGCAGAUUUUCUCAUAGACUCAAUAGAAGGAAUUGUUGCGUCUCAAAAAAUAAGUGAAACUUUUAUUGGGUUAAUUUUACUACCCAUGGUUGGUCAUGGUGCUAAGUUUGUGGCCUCUAUUAAAACUGCGCGUGAAAACAAAAUGAAUGCUGCUAUUAUUAUUUCGGUUGGAAGUUCAACUCAAACCGCGUUAUUUAUUACUCCACUCUUGGUGAUCUUGGGAUGGAUUAUCAAUCAACCUAUGUCUCUGGCUUUUUUACCGUUUGAAACCAUUUGUUUAUUUAUUGCAGUUAUACUCAAAAAUUACUUGGUUCAGAUGGGAAAUCUAAUUGGUUAG